AAAAUGGAGGUCUUUGAUUUGGUGCGUACGUCUCUGUGCUAGUGUGAAAAAUUUGUGUAAACGGUAAAAUUAGUGCAAAUUAAUUAUAAAAUAUUACAAAAUUUGAUUUAUAACACUACCGGCUUUAAUUUAAAGUACAAACUUUAUAAAUUACUUGUGUAUUAACAGAGAUAAAUGACUUUGAAAAUUUUUCGCUAAAGUUGAAUUGCAGACACUCGGUGAAAAUCGAGAAUUAGGAGAAAACGAGUAGAAGAAAAAUUUCUGUACUUCGCGUCAACGAUAGCCAACGAAGGCGAUGUUGGAUUUUUCGUUUUCAUUUUCUGCUGUUCAUCGUUAGUACUUGGUUGCGUUUCCCCAAAAAAGCGAUAGCAGUAAAUUUUCUUUUGUUUUUUGUUUGUAAAAAAAAUAUUAAAUAUAAUAAUAGUGGAACGGUCGUGCAAAAUGAACAUAAACAACAAAGUGCAAUAAAUAUCUGUGAUAAAAAUAAAUGGGAAGCUACGAUAUAAAACAACUUUGAAUGAUAUGUCACUGCUAAAAAAUGUCAAAGGUCCUAACUACUUUGUUUACAUUGGAAAAUAAUCUCAAGCAAAUAGUUAAACCAUAGUUAUUUUAAUACAUUUCGAAAGACACAUUUGUAGCCAAUUUGUAUGGCUAAAACACGUGAAUAACACAUAUAAAAUAUAACAAAAAGAGAUUGUGUGAGAGAGUGAGAAAAGAAGAGAAAAGAAAGGAGACGAGUACAUAAAUACAUAUAUGUUGAUACUUAAUUUUAACGUGAAUGCACUGACAUAUAAACCAAUCUCCAAUUGAAUUAUUGGAAAGAAGGGAAAAACUCCCAUUUUCCGCAUAUACACAACAACGCGAAGAAAGGAUACAAAAGUUGAUCGGAGAAAAAAAAACAUACAUACACAGUCACUUAUAGACAUCAUUUCCUCCCUCCAGCAUUGGCGGGACGGAUAGACACACAGUUAAAUGCUACCUUUAAACGGAUGAGCGUAUCUCUAAUAGCAGGAGCGUGUGUGUUGAGAGGUUUGCAUUAUUGCAGCAAGAAUCUAGCAACAGGCUCCGAACUUGUGUACCACGUGAAUUGCAUUUAAUCGCUUUAAGUGCAAAGAACGUGGAGCGAAAAGGGUUUUGAUUUUUCGCGUUUGAAAAAUCAGAUGGAUGGAAAUGCACAAAACAUGUUUCACGGAAAUCAUCAAGGAGACCCGUACUAUCGCUAUGAUCCCUCAGCUGCAGCAGCAGCUGCUGCGGCGGCAACACCACGUGCGAUGGGACCGCCGGGCGCUUAUCCGCCCCGUCACCGGGCUCCGCAUCCGCUGCAACAACAGACUCAGUAUCCAACGUAUCAACCGACCGCGGAUAACAUCUAUGGACUGGCGGGUGCUGACCAGCACGGCCUUGGUAUGGGCGAUUUAGGUGGCUGGGGUGCAGCGCCAAGUCAGGUCGGCGCUUAUCCAGGUUCUGGUUUGAGUGCGUAUGGCCAUCCGCAAGCAGCACCACCCACGCAGCAGCGGCAGCCUACCACACAGCCAAGUUAUCGUCAGCAUAUGCCCAGCUACGGUCAGCAGGAUCAACAGAAGCUAUCAUAUGCAACGCAGCAAAUGGGUAUCAGUGGUUUAUUGCAGCAACCUGGGCCAAGUGUAAGUGCUGCAGGUUACGGCGCCUUGUCACAGACACAACAACCGCAGCAACAGCAAGCGCCCACACCGCAGCAGCAGCAACAACAGCAAGCCAAUCAGCAGCAAGCCCGUCUGCCGCAACAUUAUCCACAGGCACCGGGUCAACAUCCACUAUAUCCAGUCGCACCGACUUCGGCGGGACAAGCUGGUGCUUCUGUACCGGUACCGGGUGGUCCGCAGGGUUAUACCCAUAGCCCUUACGGUAAUCCUAUGCAACAUCAGUCGAGUCGCACUGCUCAACAUGUCCCCUAUGGUCAUUUGGAUCAGACGAAUCCUUAUGGACAGCAUGUGCCAACAUCGGCUGCACCGACUAGCGUACCAACGCAUCACUUAACUGCACAGCAGCAGCAGGCUGGACAGUUGGGUGCGCAUAUGGGACCGGGCGGUCAGCAGCAGCAACAACAACAGACGCCAACUGGCUUGCCGCAUGGCAGCAACGCAAGUCAGUCGUCAUUGCCGCCUGGUUUGGGUGCACCACAGCAGCAACAACCCACCUCGCAUAUGUUACAGAAUCAACAACAGCCGCAGCAAAUACAACAACAGCAGCAACAAAAUCAUGUUGGUCUAAUACAACCGCCAAACCAACAUCAGCAACUUCCCGGUGCUGGUUUGCCGCCACCGCAUAGUAUAGGAGUGCCACCAAGCUACAGUAGUCAUCAUCAACAGCAGCAGCAGCAACAGCAACAGCAGCAGCAGCAACAACAGCAGCAGAAUCAGCAGCAACAAAGCAAUGUACAGAGUGUACAAUCCGCCGCAGCGUCAUAUUUGUCCUCAGCCAAGCAUCAGGCUACGUCAUCACAAUUAUCAUCAUCGCCACAAUAUCGCGCACCAUUUCCGCAAUUAUCGCCACAAAUGUCACCGCGGCCACCGACAAUGUCACCACAUCCACAAAUGUCACCACGGCCCGGCAUGUCGCCAGCUAAGCCGCCACCACAGUCGCAAACGCAGGCGCAAACACAGCAGCAAGUAAAUUCACCCGGUCAGCAACAGCCGACGCAUCACAGCAUUUCGGGAAUGGUUGGUCUCACAUCGCCACGUCCACAACUACCAAAUAGUGGACCGCCAAGCUCCAAGGCUAGCGGUGGUCCACCAGUUGUCAACACCCUACAAGCACUCGAACAGAUGGUUAUGCCAACGCAGGGCGUUAUGUCUGGUCCGGGCGGUGUACCCAUGGAAUAUCCGUCGGCCUAUCGUCAGGCGUCGAGUCACGCCACAAUGUCACCGAUGGGACCACGUAUGCCGGUUUCACCACAAAAUCACCUACAAUGGAGUCCACAUUUAGGUUUACCACAACCACAAAACCCCUCGCCAUUGAAUGUGAAUAGCGGGAUGAGUGCUCAGACACAGUCUCAGUUGCAGCUGCAACAGCAACAAAUGAACUUAUAUGCCCAAGCACAGGGUAUGGCACAUCAGCAACCGCCGUCUGGACAUCCAUCAUCGAUUGGACCACCACAGCAACAACAGCAGCAGCAGCAGCAACAACAACAGCCGCCACAGCAGCAGGCGCAACCUCCGCAACCACAACAACAACAACCUCAGCAUCAGCAAUUGAAUGAGCAAUUACAGCAUUCCAUUAAUGAUAUUGUGGGUAGUGGUCAUCAACAUCAACAACAACAACAGCAGCAGCAGCAGCAACAACAACAGUUGCAACAGCAACAGUUGCCCUCUAUGUCACCAAUGCAUGCGCAACAGCAGCAACAACAACAAGUACCACCCUCUACCCAACAACAGCAACAAUUGCAUCAUCAACCACCUGGCUUACCGAGCAUCCAUCACAUAGGUCAUCAUCAGCUACCGCCAGCUACAGACCAUACGACUGCCUCGCUUAUGAACAGAAGCGCGAGUACACAUGACCCCACACUGGGGGUUAUACCGACUUCUCAGGCGCAGCAACAGCAACCGUCACAUGUGCAGUCGCAGUUGCAGCAACAACCGUCGCCACAUCAACAGCAACAGCAAUCGCCCCAUCAGCAGACUAUGCUACAACAGCAGUCGCCAAGACAUCACCCACAAUUGUCACCACAUAAUCCACCCCCGCCCCAACAACAAAUGCAUCAACCAUAUCAACAGCAGCAUAACCACCAGUUGCUAGGCGAUCCGUUUGCUGCAAUGCUAACGGCGACACAAGAUGCGCCAGCGAGCCUGCAAUCGGGUCUACAGCAGCAACAACUUGCACAAUUGGAGUCACAACCGCCGCCUACGUCAACCCCGACACAAACUAUAACCCAGACGCAGACUCCAAUACAGUCACAGCCGCAGUCGCAGCCUCAGCCACAACCACAGCAACAGCAACAGUCAUUAUCACAACAUCAACAACAACAGCAGCAGCAGUCAGCGCAGCGUGAAGCCCAGCUGCCGUUAACUCAGCCGGCUAUGUCGCCAGCGCAUAUUUCGUCACCCAUAGCUUCGAGCCCAACUGUGACCGCGCAGCAGCAACAGCAACAACAACUUCAACAUCAAUCGCUGCCAAUGCAACAGCAGCAGCAGCAGCCACAACAGCCCCCAACACCGACAUCAACACCCUCACACCAUUUGGCCAACAUUCUUAACGAGACAGCUAACUCGAACGACUCUUCCACAUUGGCUGUAGUAGCGAACGACAGUAACAACAGCAGCAGCAACAGCUCGACCAAUAGCAUUGUCAACAAUCAGCCCACCUCAGUGCAUGACAGCAAUUCGCAAAGUUCGAUCAACAGUAGCCAUCAUCAGCAGCAAUCAAUGUCGGGCAUUGACAGUCUCGGCAAUGCGGUAUUGAAUAGCAACUCGAAUUCGGCCACAGCUACGGGACACGGUGGACUGCUGGACAGCGCUGGCGCUAGUCUUUUCGACAACAAUUCGAUGUCUUCAACAAGCGCCGCUGUAGCUGCCGCAUCUUCGGCAGCCUCUGCUGCGGCCGCGAUGCUCGAUAGCAAUUCGCAAUCAUCAUUUAUUGGCGCUGCGACAAAUCUUAAUGAUUUCGAUGCCACCAGCAAGCUGCAGCAACAAAUUCCCGAAAGCAAGAAUAUCAUUGAAGAUGCAACGGCUCAGCAAUGCGCCGCAGAGUUACCCUCAAACGAACAGUCGACAGAGAACGGUUUCAAAACACAUGACACAACUGCCGAUGUUACUAAACCCAUGGAGGAGGACAGUGCGUCCCUCAAAUCGUGCAAUGCCACCAUUGCAGAUGUUGAAAUGCCAGAGGAGAUAAUGAAGCCCACAGAUACCGCCGUAACUGAUGUAUUGCUGGAGCAAGCUAAGUGUUCCGAAGAGACGCUCUCUGCUACAGAAACCGAACAGCAACUGCCUGUGGUUACUGAGCAAACGCCCACCACACAGACAGUGGUGCCACUAACGGAACAAGUUCCAACGCCAGCGCAGCAAACUGCGGCGCCACCAACAGCCGUCGGCGAUACCACUGCUCAGCUCACUGCAGUACCAAAUAUAACAACGGUCUCAACAACUCCACAACAACAACAAUUUGCGCAAACACAGCCACCGAUAGCGACAAUGCUGCCGCCAACGUUGAUGUCUCAUCAUCCAAUGGCCAAUACACCUGGCAUGACAGCUAUGGGCUAUGAUGGUACACAACCCAUGAUGAUGCCACCAUAUGGUCCACCCGUGCCACCGCCGGGUCAUAUGUAUCCACCCUAUCCGAUUCUGCAUCAACAAGAAAUUGCGGCAUUGCAACAGCAAUUGCAAGAAAUGUACUGCAUGCCACCGACAGGUCCCGAUCAUCAAGAGAAAAUAGUGCGCCUACAAGAGCGUUUGAAUAUGUUGCAACAACACGAGCUAAACGAUCAAUGUACCGGAGGUGGACCACAAUGUGUGCUCUACCAGACCAGCGGUAUGCCUGCCUUGUAUGGCAGCAGUAGUGUGCUCCACAGUCAAAUGAUGGUUGAGAGUCCGCAGGUAUCCAGCACCACCGGUCGUGGACGUGGUAAGGGUGCCAAUAAACCGCGCAAACCACGCACAAAGAAGGAAAAGGCUGCCUUGCAACAAAUGCAACAACCGACUAGCGAUAUUAUGGACAUAAGUGGCAACAUAAUGCCACCGAAUGCGAUACCAACAACACAGUUGCCCGUAUCGGAAGAUUGUGUCACACAGGGUGCCGGUGAUACAUCGGUAGUGGGUAUGCUUGAGUAUAAUGAAGGUAGUGGUGAUCACUCGCAAGAUGUUGUGCACUCAGCCAACGAACUCGACACUUCAACGGAUGAUGCAGGAAAGAAAAAGAAACCGCCCCGUAGGCCGCGUGCACCAAAAGAUCCGAAUAAGCCACCGCGCGAUCGCACACCUAAAGCGAAGAAGUUAAAAGAUGGUGAACUCAACUCGAGUGAAUCGCUUGCUUCAAUACGCCGACGCAGUAGCGCUAAAAAGAAGAAGAAUGGCGAAGACGACGAAAAAGGUGAAGGCAGUGAAGCCGAGGACAACAAACCGCUUUCUGUAUGUAAAUCAGAUGCCGCCGAACAAAACGCCGCCAAUGACAACUCGGAUGGUGGCAACAAGCCUGAAACUACAACAUCUGACGAUCCCAAUAGUGAAGUUAAAUCUACCAAUAUCGAUGGGGAUGCUCCCGAUUACGACGACAUACCAGUGUCCAAAAUACCAACAACGCGCUCGAAUAUGGAUGACGAAAAGUCUGCAGAAGCCGGCGAUGAGACUAUUGACUCAGUACCCGAUUCUGCGGGUGAUUCCGCAACUACGCCGAGUCGUAGAAACAAGAAGCGUUCGGGCGGUCGCAAUCGUGGUAAUAACAGCGAUGACGCCACCUACACCACACGUCGUAGAGGCCAACUCUCUGCACGUGCACUUAAGAAACGUCGUAAUCGCGGUCGCAUCGUACCCGAAUCAGAUGGUGAAGAUGAUACACUGGCUAGCACGCCACCACCGUCACCGCCACCCGACUCCGAAACGGACACAAAUAAGCGACGGUCUUCCCGCAAUACUCAACGUAAGAAGUAUAUUGACGACGUAAUGUUGCGUUUCUCCGACGAUGAUUCGUCGCUGAUGGCUUCUCCAGUGAAGAAAGAAAAGAAAACUUCGAAUGCAGCAGCAGCUGCAGCGGCCGCGGCAGCUAUUGCGCCACCAAGCAGUGAUGCUGACAAAGAUACCAGUGCAGCGAACUCGGGUGCAGAAGGUGAAAGUGCCACCAUCGAUGAAAAGCCUACAACGGGAGAACCGGAAGACGGCAAUGCAACCGAAGCGAGCUCCAGUACAGCAGCGGAUAAAGACAAAUCGUCUUUGGAAGCACCUCCACCACUGUCUUCCAAGCCCAACUAUGUAUAUAUCAAUACUGGCGAUGAAGAUAGUAUGGUAGUACAGUAUGUAUUGGCGGUGCGCAUGGGAAGACGUGAACUCAUACCGGAUCCACCACCAUCACAACCCAAAGAAGACAAAGAUGUCAAAGAUGACAAAGAGGUUAAAGAAGAGAAUAAGGAUGAUACAAGCAUUGAAAAAUCCGAAGAAGCUGAUAAAGAUAAACCAGCUGAAGAACUGAAGAAAGAGGGCGAAGAUUCAGCUGAAGACAACAAAAUGGAAGUGGAUACUGAGAAAUCAGAAAAAGUAUCUGAAAAGACUGAUGGCAUUGAAAGUAAUGCGGAAAGCGACGCAAAGGAUUCUGAGAAAAUGGAUACUGAUGAGAAUGUUGAAAGCAACGAUGUUGCAGCAAAGAAAGAAAAUGAAGAUGCCACAACGGAAUCUAAAGAUAUUGAAGACAAAGAUGGCGAAAGUAAAGCGGAAAAUGACACCGCUAAAAAUGAAGCCGAGAAGAGUGAAGAAGUGGCUAUAGAAAACGAAACAGAAACAGAAAAGAAAGUGGACGAAGACACAGAGGGUAACGCUGAUAAAGUUGAAGAACCUGAAAAGAAUACUGCUGAAAGCAAAACUGAUAUAGAAAGCAAGGAUACAGAAAAUGCAGAGAAAAUGAAUGUUGAUGAGGCUGAAGCUAAAGUUGAGGCCGAAAAAACCGACGAUUCGGUUAAAAAGGACUCGGACGAGAAAGCUGACGUUUCCGAAACGAAAGAGCUCAAAGAUGGUGAAGCCACAACCGUGCCCGAAAAGGAUGCAGACAAAGAAAAUGCUAGUGAAUGUAACAAAGAGGAGGAUAAAAAAGAUAAGGACGAUAAAGAUGAUGAUGAUAAGAGCAAAGAUGCCGAUUCGAGCACAAACAAACCAGAACCAGUUUAUAUUGACGUUGAAGAGUACUUCGUCAAAUAUCGCAACUUCUCUUAUCUGCAUUGCGAGUGGCGUACCGAAGAGGAAUUAUUCAAAGGCGAUCGUAGAGUAACUGCCAAGAUUCGCAGAUUCCAGCAAAAACAAGCACAACAAAUGAACAUUUUCGACAGCAUCGAGGAAGAUCCUUUCAAUCCCGAUUUUGUCGAAGUCGAUCGUGUAUUGGACAUGUCUGUGCACACAGAUGAAAAUACGGGCGAAACCACAAAGCAUUAUUUGGUAAAAUGGAAGUCAUUACCAUACGAAGACUGCACAUGGGAGCUGGAAGAGGAUGUAGAUGACGAUAAGAUUGAGCAGUAUAUGCGUUUCAAUAAAUUACCACCACGCCCUGAGUGGAAGAACAAGAAACGUCCACACCCCGAACAAUGGAAGAAACUGGAGAAGACACCAGUCUAUAAGAGUGGCAAUACCUUACGUCCGUACCAAUUAGAGGGUUUGAAUUGGUUGAAGUUCUCGUGGUACAACUCACACAACUGUAUCUUAGCCGAUGAGAUGGGUUUAGGCAAGACUAUACAAAGUUUAACCUUUGUACAUUCGGUCUAUGAAUAUGGAAUACGCGGACCCUUCCUCGUCAUUGCGCCAUUAUCAACCAUACCGAAUUGGCAACGCGAGUUUGAGGGUUGGACCGACAUGAAUAUUGUGGUCUACCACGGUUCCGUAACGAGCAAACAAAUGAUACAAGACUACGAAUUCUAUUAUAAAACCGAAAGCGGCAAAGUGCUUAAAGAGCCAGUGAAAUUCAAUGUACUAAUUACGACAUUCGAAAUGAUUGUCACAGAUCACAUGGACUUGAAAUCGUUUAAUUGGCGUUUGUGUGUAAUCGACGAGGCACAUCGUUUGAAGAAUCGUAACUGCAAAUUGUUGGAGGGUCUCCGACAAUUGAAUUUAGAACACCGUGUGCUACUAUCCGGUACACCAUUACAAAACAACAUAAGUGAACUGUUCUCUUUGUUGAAUUUCCUCGAGCCGAAUCAGUUUUCUUGCCCCGAGGAAUUCAUGCGUGAAUUCGGUAGUCUGCAUACUGAAGAGGAAGUGAAUAAAUUGCAAGCAUUACUGAAGCCAAUGAUGUUGCGUCGUCUCAAAGAUGAUGUCGAGAAAUCUCUAGCGCCCAAAGAGGAAACCAUCAUAGAAGUAGAACUCACAAACAUACAAAAGAAAUACUACCGUGGUAUUUUGGAACAGAACUUUUCUUUCCUCAAAAAAGGUACCACCUCCGCGAAUAUACCCAAUCUCAUGAACACCAUGAUGGAGCUGCGCAAAUGCUGCAUACAUCCGUAUCUGUUGAAUGGCGCCGAAGAGCAGAUACAAUACGACUUCCGUGCGCAACACGGCGAUGAUCCGGAGUCGUAUUACAAAAAUCUCAUACAAUCCGCUGGUAAAAUGGUGUUGAUUGACAAAUUGCUGCCAAAGCUGCGUGCGAAUGGUCAUCGUGUGCUGAUUUUCAGUCAGAUGGUGCGCUGUCUAGAUAUCUUGGAAGACUACUUAGUCUAUCGCAAAUAUCCAUUUGAGCGUAUCGAUGGACGCAUACGCGGUAAUUUACGUCAAGAGGCUAUCGAUCGUUACUCCAAACCCGGUUCGGAUCGUUUUGUUUUCUUGUUGUGUACCAAAGCCGGUGGUUUGGGUAUCAACUUGACUGCAGCCGAUACAGUUAUCAUCUACGAUUCCGAUUGGAAUCCACAGAAUGAUCUGCAGGCGCAAGCGCGUUGUCAUCGUAUCGGUCAACGUAAAAUGGUUAAGAUUUAUCGGCUGCUUUGCCGCAAUACAUACGAACGUGAAAUGUUCGAUAAGGCCUCACUUAAGCUGGGCUUGGACAAAGCUGUUUUACAAUCGAUGAAUACGCACAACUCCAAGGAUGGUAGCAACAGCAAACAGUUGUCGAAGAAAGAAAUUGAAGAUUUGCUGCGUAAGGGCGCCUACGGUGCUGUAAUGGACGACGAUAAUGCGGGCGAUAAGUUCUGUGAAGAAGACAUCGAUUCGAUAUUGAAAAGACGUACACAAGUUAUUACCAUGGAAUCGGAAAAGGGUUCCACAUUUUCAAAAGCCUCGUUUGCGGCUUCCGGCAAUCGUUCGGAUAUCAAAAUCGAUGAUCCUGACUUCUGGACCAAGUGGGCCAAGAAAGCCGAUAUUGAUCCGGAUGCUUGUGAACGCGAUGAGACCGAAGAUCUCGUGCUCUCAGAGCCACGCAGACGCACGCAGAUUAAGCGCUACGGACAUGAGGAUGUCAUGGAGAUCAACUCAGAUGAUUCUUCCAAUGAUAAUAGCGAUGAAGAGGGUGGCAUAAGUUUACGUUCAAGACGCCGUAAGGAGAAACGUAUGCGUGAACGUGAGCGUGAGAAGAAAACUAGCAUUAAUGACGAGUACAUACCAAGAGAGCGCGACGCUUUAGCCUCGCUAGGUUUGGAUGAAAUACAUUAUGGCAAUUGGGCCAAAUCUGAGUGCUUCAAAGUGGAGAAGGGUCUGCUAUCAUUCGGCUGGGGUCGUUGGCCAGAAAUACUCGAAUUAGGACAGUUCAAGCGUGGCUGGCGUGAAAUGGACGUGGAAGACUGCGCCAGAAUAAUUCUGCUCUACUGCCUGCAAGUGUAUAAGGGGGAUGAGAAAAUCAAGAAUUUCAUUUGGGAUCUCAUAACACCGACUGAGGAUGGUGAAGUGCAAAAGAUCAGCAGGGAUCAUAGUGGCCUACAUAAUUUGGUGCCACGAGGUAGGAAUGCAAAAGGUCGUAAUGGCGGUAAAGCGCAGAAAGAAAUGGCUGCUGCCGCAGCAGCAGCUUCAACGCCAACCGGCAAAACGGAGGUUGAUAAGGAUGCUGGCGCCAGCACAAGUGCCGCUACAUCAGCCACAGCAUCACCAACCAAUGCGAAUUUAUCACCCACAAAUGUACCGACACCGAUUUCGACUUCAAAUCCAAAUGCGAGCGCUAGUCAAAAUGCGCUCACCGACCCCAAUCACUGGAGUAAGCAGGAGAAAUUCGAUGCCGAUGCAUUCUUGGAAUGUGCUUAUAAAAAGCAUUUGAGCAGACACGCGAAUAAAGUCUUAUUGCGCGUACGUAUGCUCUACUACAUACAACAUGAGGUUAUUGGUGAUCUAGUGCAGCAAAUCAAAGAUAACACACCCGUCAGCUAUCGCGCCUACUCUCACACAGAAAAUAACACAAAAAGCGAGCUCCCCAUUCGCCCGCCCGCAACGCCCGAUCAAGUGCCAGCAUCAUGGUGGAAUCCCGCGUGCUGUGACAAGAGUCUUUUGGUCGGCACAUACAAGCAUGGCUGUGAGAUGUAUCGUCAAAUACGCGCCGAUCCGAAUUUGUGUUUCGUGAGUCAUGUUGGUGCCGGUGAUGAUACGGCCGUAACGAAUUUGCCGACAAAUGAAGACGAUGCCAACUCGAAACAUGAAGAUGCCGAAGAGAUUGACGACGAUGGCACCGCGACCAAAGACUCUGAUUCCACCAAGCUAACGACCGGUGACAAUAAAGAUUCACUCGAUCCCGAGCGUCCCAGUUCAUCGGGUAAGAGCAAAAAACGGGCGAAAAGCGAAGCCGCUGACGCUGGUAGUGUUGUUGGUGUCGUCGCUGCGAACACUGUGGCUACUGUCGACGGCACCGCCGACGUACCAAACGAUAAUAAGGAACAGGCAAACGAAAAUGAAAGUGCACAAGUUAAAGAAACUGAUGACAAUCAGACAAAUAACGAAAAUAUUCCAAAUUCCGAGCAGAAAAAUGCAAAAUCAGAAGCAAACGAAGCGAUUAUCGAUGUCGAUGCCGCCGUUGAGCAUGUUGAAAAUGAAGCGACAACAAUGGCAACCGAUGCGGUUUCGUCAUCCACCACAACUGAUACAGAAGCGCCAGUUGCGAUGGACACGGACGAUGCGAACGGCAGCGAUGUCAAAUCGGAGACCGAUACCGAUGCCACAAUGACAACCACGGUUGCCACUGUUGGUGGAGAUUCAACUUCAACCGAUACAACGGCGCCCUCAACAUCAGCAUCGGCAUCACCCACAGACAACGGCGCGACAACUCAAGCCGCCGACACGGCUAAGCUUGAUAAUGUUUGUGAAAUGAAGUCAGACACUGACACUGAAACGACGCCGGUCGGUGCUGUCGAUAGUGCAACAGCCGCCAACACAAAUACUACCGCCAUUGAAUCCACCACUGCAACCAGCAGUAGCGCUACAGCUAAUGCUUCCAUUACCAUACCCACACCCACUACUACUACUACAUCUACAUCUACUACUAAUACUAAUGAACAAACGCAAAAUGACACUCUUAAUUCGACCACCGUAGGCUUAGAUGAGGAGGAAAGUGUUGCAAGUAGUUAUCCGCCGACGACUAUGGCUGUUGAAGAUGCCACCAUGUGGCCAUCUAUGCAGGAUUUGAAUACGCGUUUGAGGCGUGUCAUAACAGCCUAUCAGCGUAAUUAUAAGAAAGAAGAAUUAAAACAACAACAAAAAGCUAAGCUGCAAGCGUUGGUCUCGUCCACACCGCCAUUAUCGGUGCCCACAACGCCAACUCUACAAUCCAUGCAAAUGCAGAUGCAAAAUGCUGCUGCCACUGCUGCUGGCGGCGUCGGCAGCGGAGCCGGCGCCGGAACAUCAACCACCCAACUACAACAAACGAGCACAAUCGAAGCGGGCAAUCGUAGCCUACAAGCGCUCAUACAACAGAAUACAACGAAUGUCCCUGGUGGCAGCGGCAGUGCUGGUGUUGGCGGUGGCCGGCAAACACCACAACAGUUAUCAACAGGUGCCAGCACUUCAGCCGCUGCAGCGGCCGCAGCCGCAGCUGCAAAUGCCGGCAACUCGAAUGUAGUUAAUGUACCGAAUAUUGUUGGUCAAGGCAUGACAACAAGUGUUGGUGGUGGUGGUGGUCAGCAUUUGGCACAAUCGCUGCAACACGCACAACAUAACAACACAACGCAGGCUCAACAACAACAGCAACAGUCGCAACAGCAUCAGCAACAACAGAAUAUUGCUGCUCAUCAACAUCAACAGCAACAACAACAACAGCAGCAGCAGGCAGCAGCUACAGCAGCCACGGUUGCAGCACAGAUGCCAACGGCCGCCGAUAUUGGAUUUAUGUUGAGCUUCUUAAAUACGACCGAUGUCAGUCAGUUGGCUAAUUUGGAUCUGAAUAAACUGGCCAUGUAUUUGGUUAGUAUGAACAAUAAAAUGGAGCGUCAAGGCAAAAUGGAGUUGGCCGCCAAAGAACGCGAGAGCCAACGUCUACAACAAAUACCGAAAAAGUGGAAUCGCCGUGAAGAAUAUGAAUUCCUGCGUGUACUCACCGGCUAUGGAGUAGAUCUGCAGCCACCUACCACGAUGGGCAUCGUUUUGGCGCCCGACUGGACGAAAUUCAAGCAAAUGGCGCAUUUGGAGCGCAAAAGUGAUGAAACUCUAAGCGAUUACUACAAAGUAUUCAUAGCGAUGUGCAAACGUAAGGCCGGUGUUAAAUUGAAUGAAAAUGAACGUGGUCUGGAGGGCAUCAUCGAUGAGAUCAGUGAAGAUCACGCCAAACUCAUAUUGGAGCGUUUGGACCUGCUGUCGAAAUUGCGCGAAGUGGCCAGACAUCCACAGUUGGAGGAGCGACUGAAGUUGUGCCAGAUGAAUGCCGACACACCGGACUGGUGGGAGCCGGGCAAACACGACAAAGAACUGAUAGCGGCCGUGUUGAAACAUGGUCUCUACCGCUCGGAGACAUUCAUUUUCAAUGAUCCGAACUUCAGUUUUGCUGAAUCCGAAAAACGUUUCAUACGCGAAUUAGAGGCACAAAUACAACGUUCAAUCAAGUUGGAGUCGUUCAAUGCUGAACGCUUGCCAGCGUCGAUACCGAUUGUGAAGGGUGAGAUAAUUGAUUUGGACGAUGAAUUGCUGACAAAAGACAGUUUGAUUAAGAAAGAGCAAUUCACACCGGUUAAAACUGAAGUGAAAGCAGAGCCAUUGGUAGAAGCUGGCGAUAAACUCAGCGCACCUAAAGCCGAGUUAGACACUUCGGCGUCUGAGACUUGUGCGGCUUCAGAUGAACAAGUUAGUAAAAACGCCGAUGAACACAGUGCACUCAAUGAAGAACGCAAAUCGAGCGCUGAGCCAGUUAAUGAAACGGCGGCUCAAGAUGCUGGUAAGGAUUUGACUGCAGCUGACAAAGACGCUGAUGUGAUACAUGAAAUACCAGAUGAUGACCCAGAGCCCGAAACUUUGAGCGCACACGAUAAAUCCGCCGAAGAUGUGUCGGCUGACAAGCUUGCGGAUGUUGCGACAGCGCCAACUGCCGAUGCAGCGUCCAAAGACGAAAGUGAAAAAAUGGAUGUUGAUGAAAAUGCGGUCGUCGAAAAAGAUGCUGUUAUCGCAAUCGACGCCGAGGCUGAGCAGUCCAAAGAACUGACUUCACAAGAAGUUGAUGGUUCCGCAGCUUCUGAAGAAAGUGCUACAGAGAAAUCAGAGGACGCAGAAAAAGCUGAAAUAACUCCUUCCGCUGAAAUGGAAACAAAUGCAGAAACUGAUGACGAUAAAAAGUCGACUACUUCUGCUACUGAGAGUGAGAAGAAUAAAACUGCUGAAAGUGAAGACGUUGUCAUUGCACAAGACGACGAAGCAAAUAAGGUUGCUGCUGUCACUGCUAAUGCAGCUGCUGAAGACGUCAAAUCUAAAGUAGAUGAACUACCAACCGAAGAGGACAGUGUUAAACCAGUAUCAGCCGAAAAAUCAAAAUCAACAGAAAUAAUGGAUUUGGCCGUAACUGGCUCGGGAGCAACCGAUCCCGAUGAUGAGGAGGUCAUGAAAGAAAAAGAAAAAGCUGUUGAAGAAGAGUGCAAGAAGCAAGCUGCUGAAUUAAAGGCACGUUUCCCAGAUUUAGAGGUUAUACAACCCGCUACAGUCAAACAAAAGCAGGAUAAACCCAAGUUGGAAAUGUGUAUGAUACGCUGGUUCAAAGACUUCGCGCUCGAACGUCGUAUUUCGCACAUUGUCAUCUGCAUUGAGACCAACAAGUGGCCUGUAAAUAGAAACUACACCGCAUUUGCCGGUUGCAAGGGUCUUGAUCUGAAUAUCUGCCUGCACGAGGCCAUACCACAUCUUAAAAACAUUGAGCGCACAACAACAACGCCCGAUGUAAUCACCAUAACUACCGAACAGGGUGUUACGAAGCAACUGCAAGCAUCACAGAUGCAACAAGUGGCUGGCACAGUGCCAGCACCAACAGUGCCGGUAACCACUACGCCAGUGGUGAAUGCAAAUAUGGCGGGAUUGGGACUGUUACCGCCACCAGCUGCCAUUGCUGGCAUUAAUGGCGCUGGUAAGGGCAUUGGUAGUAUGGCUGCGCCUCCACUAGACGCCAACAGCAUAAAUGCAGCAGUUGCGGCUGCCGUUGCAGCAGCUGCCGCUGGUGGCAACAAUCCAAAUGCCCUUUCAGCGAAUACGCUGUCAGCACUAUUGCCCGGUAUGACGAUGACGCCAGCCACCGCAGCAGCGGCGGCAGCCUUGAACAACGUGCCAGGGGUGCCACAGACAGCAAACAUGUCGAACACUGUACCAUCGCCCCUACCACCUGUCACACAAAGCACGGGCAAGAAACGCAAACGGCAUAUAGCCAUCGAUGUGGAGACUGAGCGUGCCAAGCUGCACGCCUUGCUAAAUAGUUCGCAAAGCAUGGGCCUCAAAGAUUGGGAGACUGAAAUUGCAAAUAUGGAUCCAUUAGCUGCCACGGCGCAGCCAUCAGGACGACGUAGCGCGUCGGCUGUAUCGCCCGCAGCGCCGGCAGCGACUGCCACCAAUAUGUCACUGCAACCACCACCUGCGCAUCAACAUCCAUCGUUAGCGCGCCAAUCAUCUGGACAAUUCAGCAAACCGGCCAUACCACCACUCAAAACACCACCAACAGCCAUGGGUGCACCUAUGGACUUGUCCUCAAGUUUGCCACGCAUGAACAUGACCGACAUACUGAAGUCGGCAUCUAACGCCUCCGGUGCCAUUGAUUUGAGUGAAGUACAAGAUUUUUCAAUGCCUUCAAAGAAAUCGUCGACAUCACACUUGCAGGCUUCACUAAGUUCCGCAUUCCCAUCUAUGGGUGGCAAGAGCAAACUUGAUGACACCCUGAACAAAUUAAUGAAGAAGAAUAAUUGCACUAUUGAAGAACCAGUUAUCGGCAAGGAAAAGAAACGCAAGAAGCUCGAUGAAAUCGUGUUGGGUCUCUCAGCGGCCAAGGAACAGAAAACCUUCCCUGAUCCAUCGCUGCCGUCUUCGAAGAAACCGCAAAUACCACCAAGCGUAUCGGUGACGCCAGCCAGUCUGCCGACUUCGGUAUCCAAUCAAAAUCAACAAAAUCAAAAGCCGUUUACUAUCACUGUUACGACAGUGCCUGGAAAAUCUAAAUCUAGCAGCAAUUCUUCAAUGCCAUCGCCAGCGUCUGCGCCCUCAUUGUCAAACAGCAAUAUGCCGUUGAUGAGCGGCGGUUUGUCAUUGAAAGAUAUCAAUGCCUUUGUCGCACAGACCAUGGCUUCGGAUCCACAGACAUUUCUUAAGCAACAGCAGAAGAUGAUGCAGUGCUUACCACCGGCGCAACGUAAGGCUUACGAAGCCAUGUUCGCCGAAAUAGAGCAAGCCAUGAAGUUGAGCAGCGCUAAAUAUAAUGUGCCUGACUCCAAGGUGAAUAAAUGGCUGACAGACAUGAGUACACCACUGACCGAUCAAUUGAAUAUGGACUUCACCAAUGCUGCUGCGCCGAGCACAAGUAGCAAUACAAAUAGUCGUCGUUCGAACCGCCAACAGAGCAGUAAUGCGUCCCAUCAAUCGUCGGUGGCACAAAUGAAUAAGGCUGCUGCUGCACAGUCCGCUCAAUCGCAUGCGCAUCAACAACAACAACAGCAGCCAUCGGCAAUGGCCGGCCCACAAGGACUGACUGGCGAAGAGCCGGUGCCUGUGGUCAAUAAGCAGACCGGCAAACGUAUUUCGGGCAGCAAGGCACCACAACUGAAACGUCUGAUGCAAUGGCUAACUGAAAAUCCUGCUUACGAGGUAGAUCCAAAAUGGUUGGAGCAAAUACAGAAUCCCAUGUCGAUACCAUCGCCAAAACUUAGUUCGGUGGACAACAGUAAUUAUGCAUCGACUAGCAAAUCGUCGCACGGCGGUCGACCUUCAUCGACGUCGAGCAGCUCCUCGUCCGGCGCGCACGCACAACAGCAACAAUCCUCAUCUGCACAAUCGUCACCAGCGCCGUCGCCCACUGUGUCUUCCAAGAAGUCUUCACGGCAAUCGGCAAUCGAUCAGGCAAAUGCCGCCAUGCAAUUCGGCUCAUUAGCUGGACUCAAUCCAAAUAUGUUAGCAAGUUUACCAGGUCUAGGUGCAUUUGAUCCAAAGAACCCACUAGGCGCCUUUGAUCCAAAGAAUCCUUUGUUGUCAAUGCCAUUUGCCGGCAUGCCUGGUAUGGGCAAUAUACCCGGAUUGAAUAAUUUGAACAACAUGAAUUUGUUUGCUAGCCUAGCAAGUAUGGGUGGCCUCGGCAACUUGGCCACUAUGGAUCCGCAAACACUAGCCGCAUUAAUGGCUGCUGGUUCGACUUUAGCCGGUUUGGGAGGCCCAACUGCGGGUGCCGGUAAUUCCGGUACUGGUAAGAACUCACAAUCUGGUAGUUCGUCGAGCAAGAAAAGCAAAAAUGAUGCACAACAAAAUGCUAUGAAUUUGGGCGCAUUGACAGGAAAUACUGGUAACAGCAGCAAUACUGGUGGCAACAGUGGAAACUCGUCAAACAAAAAUGCCAAUGCUGCAGCUGCAGCAGCAUCACAACUAACUAACUGUUUCCCGUACCUGUUCCCCAAUCCGUCGUUACUUUAUCCGCCAAUGGGUCUCGGCGGUUUAAAUCCCUAUUCGUUGGGUUCAUCGGGACUUGGCUCAGCGUACGAUCAAUUAGCGCAACAAUACAACUUGCUGAAUGGUGGUGCAGGUGUGACCUCAUCAGCAGGCAACUCCUCCACAACGCAGUCAAAAUCGCAUCAAUCUCAAUCGAAAUCCAGCAACUCACGUGCAUCCACAUCGUCCGCCUCAUCAGCUGCGUCCGUCGCAAGUCUUAUGAACGCAAUGGCCAGCAUGGGUGCAGCCGGUCAACCACCUACCAGCGUAAGCAGUUCACAGUCCUCAUCGCGCAGUAGCGGACGUCAGUCGGCGGCAAGUCGCGCUGCCGCUCAAGUUGCUGAAAUGGCACAGCUUUCAAGUCUGUUAAUGCCAGGCACAGAUCCACACCUACUUGAGGCGCUUAGCCGCAUGGACUUAGCACAAAGUACACGUCUACUGAGCUCCUUGGGCAUACCACCAAUUGCUACGCCAACAGUACAAUCAUCAGCGGCUGACAAACGUUCGUCCAACAGCAAUUCCGCUGCCUCAAUAGCUGCGGCACAGCAAGCACAGGCCGAGAAGCAAGCUGCAAAGGAGCAACAAAAGUGGAUGGAGAGUUUGGCACGCGGUCAACUGCCCACGGACUUGGCCACAUUGCAAGCCUUCUCGCAAGGCAAAUUCCCUGCCUCAUUGACGGGUGGUAGUCAACCGUCCUCCACGUCAUCGUCGGCGACAACUUCGUCGGCUUCGUCGAGCAAGAACGCCUCGAAGGCGGCGGCUGCUGCGCUAGCUGCACAAUUGCCGCAAAUACUUGGUUUGCCAAGUGAUUUUGCGCCAGCGAUGAUUGCCGAUAUGGCACAUGCGUUGACCGCUCCUGGUUCGUUGGCAAGUUUGGCGGGCUUGACUGCGCCACCAACCAGUAGCGCAUCAUCAAUGAUUGGCGGCGGCGGCAGCAGCAGCACUUCGAGUUCAUCGAAACGCCAACGAGGCGGCGCCGGCGGUGGCAGUGGCGGUGGUAGUACUAACAGUAAUAUGCUAGAUCCCGAUACCUUGACCAAGGAUGCCUUCAAACAACAAAUGGAGUACUAUACAAAAACAUUAGGCCUGGGAUCUGGCAUCUCCCUAAUACCCACCUCAGUUGCGACCAGUAUGAGCACCAGCGGCGUAUCCAAUUCACUUUCGAAUGCCCAAAUGGACGAUCAUCACAAAUCGAAGCGUUCACGUAUCGAUUCACACGCGGCCGCGCUGGCCAACGCCAAGGACGAAUUAUCCGCUGCCAUGUUGGCUAGUGGGCUGCCACUAAAUCUUGGCGGCGGCAUGACCAGCAUAGAGAAGAGUCUACGCAGCGGCAAUAUCGGCAUGGGCGGCGGUGGUGGUGGUGGCGCUACGAUGCCCGAAGCCGACAAAGUCACAUUAACACCAUUAAACUCCGCCGGCAUUGCGGCCAACCUGCCAUCGCAGACCACCAUCACCAUUGCGCCACCGAUCAGUUCGGGCGCCAGCUCCAGCAGUGAACGCUCCGAACGCAGUGAAUCGCGCAUUUCGCUGACCAUCACAAAUGCUGCCGAUGCGGCGAAAUUGCCGCCACCGUACGAGGAAGCCGACGAGCUGAUCAUACAACCCAUAUUAAAGAAGCCACAAAAUACCCCAACAUCAACGGCGCCCAGCAUUGCUUCGAGCACACACGGCAGCGUGGAAGAUUUGGAAGCAGCUGUAGCUGCUAGCAUGGGCGGUGGCACGAGUGGCAACACUACACCCACUCCCUCGACAUCUGCAGCUGCAGCAGCAGCGGCCGCUGCGGCGGCUUCCGCCAAUGAAGAACAUCGUCGCUCAUCUAGCCGUUUGAAACGACCACGCACGGGCGGCGAUCAUUCGCUUAACGAACAGCCACCCGAAAAGCGACGCGAAUUGCGCUCAACGCGUCACACGCGCCAAUCGAGCGGCAGCCUAGAGACAUCGCUGAAUUUGUCAACAAAUAGCGAGGCUGAUGAGAAGAAUGAAUGAGUACUGCGACGUACUACGCGACUGAUGACGAGUAAAUAGGACAAGAAACAAGCGCGCACCAAGCGGUUACAAAAACAAAAACAAAAGUUAAUUAAUAAGAAGCAUUAAGCAAAGUGCAAGUGCAAGUAUAGUUAUGCAAGGAUCAAAGUGAAACUGAGGAGAGAGGAGACAUUAGAAAUUACUAGUAUUAGCGUAAAUUUCCUGUACGGUUACUGGUUCAACGUCAACUAAAGUUAACGAGUUCGCGAAUUCUAACUGAUAUUAACACGCUGCUGCAAUUCGGUACUCGCUUACAAGUGAAAUGUGGUUUUCUACGAAAUUGCUGCAACUAUAAAGAGAACCCAACAUUUCAUGCUACUGUAAUGCAAUGCUGCCAGGGUAGAACAUGAGUUGUGAGUGAAAGCCGUCAAAUGGCAACUGCUGCAAACGCCAUUUGGCUGCUUGAACGCCCGACUCUGCUGCUCACCACUAAAUCAAUCCAUGUGCUUGUCAAUUAUGCUGCUGCGUUUCAAUGCGACAAGUGGCAUAUACAUAUGUACGUUUCUGUUUGUUGAACACUGUGCAGAAGACAUGCUCCUCUCUCCUCGCUCUUAAAUCUAAUAAUAUAUAUAUAUGUAUAAGUCCUCUAUAUAUGACAUAGUAACAAUUGUAGGGCUGAGCAGAGUGUUGAAAGAAAGAAAGAAAUCUAUUAUGAAAAGCGCUUAUAAUUAUAAACAGUUUACAAAAACAAAAACAAAAACAAAAAAAUAAUGAACAGUUAUUAUUAUAAAUUAUUGCUAAAAGAAGAAGAAAACAGAAAAAUAUUGAAAACAAAAACAAAAAAAUAUUAAUAUUAAUCAAUUUAGCUUAUAACGACAAUUUAAUUUAAUUGGAUUGCUUAAUAAUUUACGUAAAUAUUGUUGUAGCAUGAUGCACAAGCUAUAGACUACAGACCGUAACGUUAAAACAAAAAAAAAAAAACAAAAACAAAACAAAAAAUGGAGCUUACGACGUUUAUAAUACUGAUACUGAUAUCGAUCAUUGUAACGCAUAAUGAUAGUUGUAGUUGUAUUGUAAUGUAUUGUAUUUGUAAUAAUGGAUGAGCGUACUACGCGUAAACGCUUGCAGAAUUUAAAUACAGAAAAACCGAAAAGCGUAAAUAAUUGAAUAGCAAACUUACAUAUGCAUAUAUAUAUAUAUAUAUAUAUAUAUAGAUAUAUUUUCUUAAACGUGUGUAUUUUAUAAAUUAUAUAAUAUAUAUAUUAUUUUUUAAUUUUUAUUUUUUAUAAACCUUAAUUAUUUGUUUGAUUAUAUUAAUUUUAAUUAAUUACAGUUUAUAUAUAUAUAUAGUGUCAAGAAGUAAAACAAAUAUUAUUAAUAAUAAAGUAAUGCAAAUGCAGGCAUAUUUAAGAAUAAGUUAGCAAACCGGCCUGUUGUCAUUUAAUACUGAAAAAAAAACCAAUUUUAUUUUUGCUUUCCUAUUUUCAUGCACUUGAAAUGUACGCAGUAUCGUUAGACGUAAGCAAAUUCGAAUUUCAAACACUCUUUGUGAAAAUAUUUUUGAAAGUGAGUGUAAGCUUUAAAGCUUAGUUUGCAAAGUGACGUAGGCGUCAAAUAACAGUUAACUGCGGCUUAAACGUUUUUAUAUUUUUCAAAUGUUCCUCUCAAAGUUUACGGGCGCUUUAAGCAAGUUUUGAUUCUUUUUUUUUAAGAAAACUUAAUUUUCAACGGCACUUUUAGCGUCGUAUUUAUUUAAAGAAAUAUUAAUAAAUUUGCAAAUUUUUUCCAACUUUUAUUCGUUGCAUGAGCACUUUCAGUUACCGCCCACUUUUAGUAACAACAAUUAUCUAGCCUCCUUAAACUAUUAAUAUCCAUCACUAAUUGUAAGACCACAUGAAUACAAAAACAACAAACAAACAAUUAUACAUACA